GCACGAGUCGCCGACAGUCAACGUUUGGCACCGCUCGGUGUAGCACGUUUGAACGGUUGUCGUGUUUCGUUUUGGGAUUUUGGCGUGCACUCGCGCACACGCACAUUACUCGACUUUCGAAAAAAAAACCCUAUAUUUUACCACCGUCGUCACCGGAUAAUAUUAUCUAUUCGUUAAGGGACGAGCGCCGCUAAUGACUUGCUAACGACAAGAGCCGUUUUGGUCGGAUAACGCCGUUGUACACGGUACACACCAAAAUCAGCUAUGAGGGCCGGAAAUAUGCGAAGGAACGCCAAGCUGCUAUUGAUUUUGUUCGCUUCGUGGAUGUUUGUGGUGGUGUACUUUGUUCAGUCCGGCGCCAGAGACCCCAAGCAAGAUGAAAACAGAGCGUUACGGUUGAAAACCGAUCGUUACGCAUUAACGGUGGACGAUGACCAGUCAACCAGCAGCAAGCACGUUGAGAGUUCGCCACCGAGUUCCCUGACCAAUGACCAGGAUAUCCGAUACACCUCGAGGUCGACGAUAAGUAAUUACUUGGACGAAGCAGCCUACGUGGCCGGAGGUCAUCUCAGACAAGGCGAGGAUCCGUACUCAAGGAACAAAUUCAAUCAGCUGGCUAGCGAUAGCUUGCGUAGCAAUCGGCCAGUUCCGGAUACCAGGAACAGCAAAUGUAUAGACAAGAAGUACCGUCCCGAUUUACCCGAGACUAGUGUGAUAAUAACGUUCCAUAAUGAAGCAAGAUCUGCACUUUUGAGAACUGUAGUCAGCGUUUUAAACAGAAGUCCUGAACAUUUAAUCAAAGAAAUAAUUUUGGUGGAUGACUUCAGCCAAAACAGUACCGAUGGUGAAGAACUGGCGAAAAUACAAAAAGUGAAGCUUAUACGAAACGAAAAAAGAGAAGGGUUAAUGAGGUCUAGAGUUCGGGGAGCAGACAUGGCCACUGCGCCAGUAUUAACAUUUUUGGACAGUCACGUCGAGUGCAAUGUGAAUUGGCUAGAACCACUUUUGGACCGUGUGACUGAGGACCCGACCAGAGUUGUUUGUCCGAUUAUUGACGUGAUCAACAUGGACGACUUCCAAUACAUUGGCGCGUCGUCUGAACUCAGAGGCGGAUUCGAUUGGAAUCUAGUGUUCAAAUGGGAAUACCUAUCGAAAGACGUUAGGGCCCAAAGGAUAAUGGACCCCACUUUGCCCAUAAGAACUCCUAUGAUAGCCGGCGGAUUGUUCGUAAUGGAUCGCAAUUAUUUCAUAAAACUCGGAAAAUAUGACAUGGAAAUGAAUAUUUGGGGAGGCGAAAACUUAGAAAUAUCGUUCAGAGUGUGGCAAUGUGGCGGUAGCUUGGAAAUCAUACCUUGCUCUCGGGUCGGACAUGUGUUCCGAAAACGACAUCCCUACACGUUUCCAGGUGGCAGCGGCAACGUGUUCGCCCACAACACUCGAAGGGCCGCCGAAGUUUGGAUGGAUCGCUAUAAAAUAUAUUAUUACAACGCAGUGCCUAUGUCCAGGACCGUAGCAUUUGGAAACAUAGCAGAUCGGCUUGCUUUGAAAAAGAAUCUCGGCUGCAAACCAUUUAAGUGGUACUUGCAGAACGUUUACCCGGAGUUGAAAGUGCCGACCACCGUGGAUUUGUACGUUGGUAGCCUGAGACAGGGCAACUGGUGUUUGGAUACUUUGGAAAACCAAAUCGGCAAGACGGCAGGUCUCUAUCCGUGUCACGACUACGGCGGCAAUCAGGAAUGGACGCUGACUGUGUCUGGUUCGAUCAAGCACGACAGCACGUGCCUGUCUCCGAUAGACUACUCUGCUUUGAGUCUGAUACUGAUGAAACCCUGCGAUUCAUCUACCGACGAAUGGAAGUACGACGAAAAUACCAAACAAUUGAGACUAAAAGCUGUCAACCUGUGUUUGGACACUUUGGGAGUACACGACAUGAUGAGCGUUAACGUGUGCGACAGUAUGAAUUUAAAUCAGAAAUGGGACUACUUGAUUGCGAGUGGAAUCGAAAACGCAUAGUUUGAGCAUAGCGAUACAAUAUGCAUUUAUUAAAAAAACAAACAAACAAUUGCGAUGUAAAAAAUAACGGUAGGGCUAACCACGACGCGUCGGUGGCCUAAUGCCUAAUGGAUAUUCGGGAAUCAAAAAUAUAAUCUACUUAAAACUAAUUUAAGGAUUCAGGCGUGGGGGCUACUUAGCGACAUCAAAUAGUGGCAUUGUUUGUAGCUCGUGAUCGUCUUGGAAUUUUAAAACAAUGGGUUUUUUUUAUUUCCACCGGAAAAGAACAAAAAUUAUGAUUGCGUACAAAUUCUUACCUCACACAACUAUUAAAAUAUAUAGGUCGUCCGCUCUUGUUUUUAGUAUAAAGACAAUUCUUGAAAUAACAAACAAAUAUUCCUUAAACGAUCCUGUGCUGUACUUAACAGAUAACACAACAAUUGUUGUUUGUUAUCAUUAUUAAUUAUAAUAGGAAUCUUUUUUUGAACAAUAUUAAACAAAAUAUACCUUUAUAGCUGUAUUUAAGGUAUGUGUAUUAAAACUCCUUUUUAUACUUACAAUUAUUUUUUUCUUGUUUUAAGUUUUUCUAAGAUAUUGUUUAAUGGUAAAAUAUAUAGUUAAGAAGUAAUUAAUUAUAAGGCUGUGAUUUAUAUCUUACCAUGUUUAAUAAUAUU